AUGGGGUUUGAGGAGCAGCUAGCAGUGUUUUCUCCCGACGGAAGAUUAAUACAGGUUGAGUAUGCACAGCAGGCUAGCGAGCAUGGGUCUCUUGUUGUGUUUGGAGUUGAUUCCGAGAAGAUAUCUGUGAGUAUCGAAAGGAAGUCUGGGAACAGGCUGUUUUUGGAAGAGGAGAAGGUGUUUCUUAUUAACGAGGCACAGUGCAUCUGGAUGAGCUACUCUGGGUUUAAGCCUGAUGCAUACCUUGUGAUGAAUGUGGCGAGGAUGAUAUGCCUUUCGUACAAGUCCUCUACCGGGGAAGACAUAACUAUCGACCAACUUGCGAGAAGGCUAAGCGAGUACAAGCAGAGGUACACAGUCGUUUAUCACCAGAGACCGUUUGGAGUGCGUACGGUGCUGUUUGGGCUUGAGCCAAGGCCUGUGGCAUACAUUAUUGAGCCUGAUGGAAACUUUUCUGAGUUCUUUUGUGGGGCCAUUGGGCAGAAGAGCCAAAGGGUGUGUGAAUAUCUGGAGAAGAAAGAGAAAGAGGAUCUAGUCAGGCUCACUAUUCUGGGGCUUAUGGAGGUUGUGCAGUCUGACCCUCAAAAGAUAUCAUCCUUUGUACUGAGCAAGAAAGGAUGUGAAAGGAUGGAUGACUCUACAAUUAUGGGUGUGGUUAACUCUGUAGUUCAAUAA